GUUGAAACAUUCUGCAACGGCUAAUAAACUUUUUGUUUUCUUCUAUAAAUUCACUUGUUUCGCCUACCUCGUCGUCUCUAGAUUGAAAAGUUACCGUUAAAACAAUUUCAAGAAAAGCGCUCUUCGUCUUCUUCCUCUAAGACUCGUCUCUCUCCCACAAGAUCUUACCAAGAAACUACUCCAUUUUCUAAAGGAACAUGAACACUCUUCAACAGAUGAUCUUCCCUGACGAGAACGCUCCCAUUCAUCGCAAAAAGUCUGUUGCUACUGUGAAAAGUACGAAAGGAACUGUGAUUGGUCAGAAGAAGAAACCUGGAGGAGCUCGUAAGGCUCUCAAUGAUAUCACCAACAAGUCUGCUGGGGCUCAUCCCAAACCUUCUUCCAAGACCAAGCAACUUGCUGGGGAGAUGUUCUUGCAUGACCACAGCAAAUGCAUCAAGGAGCAGCAAAGUCUCUGGGACGAUGAUGAUCUUUUGCUUCACCAUGAUUCUUCUUGCAUCAAGGAAAAGAAUCUCAAGUACAAUUUGACUUGUGACGAACCAGAAGAGAUUCCAUCGCCAAAGUUGACUAGUUACAUGAAGAGCUCAACUCCAUGGCGCUCUCCAAUCCGCCAUGGCUCUAUGAUGAUGUUGAUGCCUUCCACUCCUCUUGCUUGGCGGUUCGAUUCAGCUGAAUUCACACUCAAAGAAGACUAUGACGACCUCUUCUGAAUGUCUUUUAUGAGUUUUCAUCCUUCAGAUGAACUAGUAGUAGCUAGUAGCGACUAUCUCUUGUUCAACUCAAAAACUGUUUCAGUUUCUUCAUGUACUAGUGUCCAUAAUUUCAUGAAAUAGAAAGCUGAUAUCUUUUCUAGUAUAUGAGCAUUCUCAGUAACAUUAAGAAGAUCCGUGAUCA